UGUCACUUGCUUUUACGGAACAGAACAAUAACAUUCAGGGGAAAAUGGCUGACGAUAGCAUUCCAGAUAUAACCAGAUUUCAAAUGUAUUUAUUUGGUUGUACACUCAAAUCGGACAGAAAGGAGUUCAAAGUUGAGGAGGACGAUGAUGCGGAUCAUCAGCUGUCACUCAAAGCAGUGUGCCUGGGUGCUGAGGCAGAGGAUAAGUUUCAUACGGUGGAGAUCGAGGGCGUCACAUACGACGGAAAGACCACCAAAAUUCCACUGGCUGUGCUGAAGCCGUCUGUGCUGCCCUCUAUGAGUUUAGGAGGGUUUGGGAUCACCCCUCCAGUAACCUUCCGCCUCCAGUCUGGCUGUGGACCAGUGUACAUCAGUGGACAGCAUUUUAUCAAUGUGAAGGACUCUGAUGACGAAGAAGAGGAAAACAGCUCGUCACCUGUGAAGAGGCCGUCAAGCUUGACCUCAGGGAAGCGUCCAGCUCCGAAGAAACUGAAAAUGGAGUCAAAUGAUGAUGAUGAUUGCGAUGAAGAUGACGACGAUGAUGAUGAUGAUGACAACGACGAUGAUAGUGAUGAAGAUGAGAGUGACGUGAAAGUACAGAAGGUCCCAGUCAAACCAACCAUAAAGAAAAGCCUGGAGCCUUUGGGGCAGAAGCCUAAAAGUGUGACAUUGGCACAGAAUGGCUCACCAGGGAAUCAAGGGGGACCAUUGGCUAAACCUCAAACCAAGACACCAGUGGGAGGAAAAGACAAGAGUCAGAAGGAAAAGUCUGGAGCUGGCCCAUCCAAUGUUCUCACCGUGCCUGAAAUCAAGAGCAAGCUAGCGUCGUUAGCCAAAGAGGGAAAACCUCUUCCGAAGACCGAGGCGAAGUUUGAAAAUUUUGCCAAAAGUUCUUUAAGGAUGUCAGAUAAAAAAGUGGUUAAAGACCUCUGGAACUUUGUACAAACAUUGAAAACAGAGAAGAAAUAAGUCAUUGCAUUUCUUACAGUUAUGUUUUUCUCCUCUAUGCUUUCCCCAAGAACAUUGAAGCUCUAAUGUUUUAACCCAUUACUAAGAGCAUCAGGGAAUACAUGUGUAACAAUGCCCCGCUAAAGAAAUGGUGUUAGCCUACUGUUGGUGUCCAUCGGGGAGCCACAGGCCUUUGCACUAUGUGGAUGUUUUGCAAACUGUUUCAUAUGUUCAAUCAAGUCCCUGCUUAUUAAAGGAAUAGUUCAUACAUGAUUUUCGAAUUACUAACUGUUGUUAUUAUUUAGUCAUUUUCACCAGCAUCUGGUUAGCUCAGAAUGUUAGUAUUCUUAGCAUGUCCAUUGGCAUCAAUUGUGGCAAUGCUAGAAUAAACGUUCCAAAAUUACCAUAUCACUCCAGAGAUGAUCAUUAGUAAUUAAGGGAAUGAUUUCAUUACCGUCGCUUUGUAAUAAUAACUGGGUUGCUCGACGAAAGCCUAGGUAAUUGGGAAAUGAUGUGUUUUUAUCAUGUACUUUGUUAACUGUACCUUUAAUGAUGACAUUGUUAUUUGUAAAUAGUCCGUACAAUUUAAUGCGCCGUAAUGGCAGCUUCAAAAUACUGUAGAUCGGUUAUCGAAACAAACUCCUCUGGUUCUGGCUUGUGUAUUUUUGUUUUUAAUGUUGGUUUUAACAUUGCUCUCUAAUUUUG